GAAUCUGGACGUGGCACAGGCUGUUGCCUUCUCAGCAAAGGGCUCUGACCUGCUGCAAGCCAUGCAGGCUAUGACGCGCAAGGCCCCUGGCCCUGAUGACUGGCGCGCCAAAGAUCUUUUGGGGCUGGCGGCCACUUGCUUUGACAUCGGUAUUGUGGCGCGCUGGCUCGCGAGCGCUUUUGCAGACCCUGAAGCCGUGGUUGAGCAGUUGGGCGGGAUGCCCUCUUUCGCCUAUGAUCGCGGCAGCGGUGAUGUUGCCGUGGACUUGCGCAGCAACCCCAUGGUGACGCAGCCCGUCAGUGCGCAUGUGGCAAGCACACGCCUUCUCGGCCCCACUUGGUGUGGACAUGUCCGGCGACUGCUUCAGCAAGAGAAGGAGUUCCUCUCCCCAGUAACCGAGCAGAGGUUGAAGCUGGCGUCCUCGCCCUUCAGGCUGCUGCUGACGCUGCUCGACUAUGUGCAGGUUAGCGGUGAAUGGGCGCCGCACCCGGUCGCCUCGGAGGCCAUGCUUCGUGGACUCAAUGAGGACGCCGAUGAGGCGGCGCGCUGGAAGGCGCGAUUGCUACUCCGUGGGUCUGCUCGUCAGGAGUGGGCGCGAGCUAAGCUUGCUGCCACGCAAUGGGAGGUCAAGGCCGUCAACGCGGUUGCCGGAGCCGCUUCUAUCGCUCGUGG